AUGGCUGACCCGAAUAACCGACCCGUCACCGGCUACCCAGCUCCGGCCACCAAUGGUCACCCACCGCCGCCGUCCAACACCUCCUACCCCUACGCUGCACCACCACCUGCUGCUUACUACAACCAACAAUACUACACUGGACCAGCUUACCAUCAGCCUGAUCCCGACGCCAUCCGCCGCGCCACCUUCCUUCGCCGCCUCUUCGCUUUCAUAAUUGCCGGCGUCAUCAUCCUCGGCACCAUCCUCUUCAUCAUCUGGCUGGUUCUCCGCCCCCGUCUUCCCGAGUUCCGAGUCGACUCGCUCUCGGUUUCCAACUUCAAUCUCUCCUCGAGUACCCUUGUCUCGGCGGAUUUCGACGUGAAAAUUACUGCUCGGAACCCUAAUGGAAAAAUCACUCUGUUUUACGACAACGUUGAGGCGGCCGUUUAUUUUAAGAAUUUUCAGCUUUCCCAAACUACUCUUCCGCCGUUUUCUCAGGGGAAGAAGAAUGAAACCUCGUUCACGGCGGAAUUGGCUGCGGUAAAGGCUUAUUUGGAUGGAGAUAUUGCGAAUGGGAUUAAUGGGGAAAGAGGGAAAAAUGGAAAUGUGGUGCUUAAUGUCAGGAUGCUUAUGGAGGUGAGGUUUAAGGCGGGUGCUUGGAAGGCUAGGAGGAGGUAUUUGAAGGCGUUUUGCGGGGAUUUAUCGGUAGGGAUUUCGGCUAAUGCGAGUAAUGGGACUUUAACCGGUGGACCUCGACAGUGCCGUGUUGGCCUUUGA